AUGGCCGCCGCCGGCGUUGCCGGGGCCGGGGCCGCGGCCCCGCAGCCUCGCCAGUUCAAACUAGACCCCCAAAGCGAGCUCCGCGUGGAGGUGCUCCCCGACGCGCCCCUCCGCGUGCGCCUCGUCUCCGGCACGGCGGAGAUCUUCGGGACCGAGCUUCCCCCCGAGGGCUGGGUCCCCGUCCCGCCCCGCUCCAAGAUCGCUAUUUUCACGUGGCACGGCGCGACGCUGGAGCUGGACGGGCUUUGCGAGAGCGAGUACACCUCCGACGAGACGCCGAUGGUGAUUUAUGUCAACACGCACGCCAUUCUUGACGCGCGGAGGGGGGCAGCGAGGGCUGCCACCGCACAGGAGGGCGACUCGAAGGCCUCCCAGGGACCCCGAGUGAUUGUUGUGGGGCCAUCCGAUUCUGGAAAAAGCACUCUGUGCAAGAUGCUCCUUAGCUGGGCUGCCAAACAGGGAUGGAAGCCUACGUAUGUGGAUUUAGAUAUCGGCCAGGGGUCCAUAACCAUACCUGGAUGCAUUUCUGCUACACCCAUUGAGAAGCCUAUAGAUAUAGUUGACGGGAUUCCUUUGGAGAUGCCCCUUGCAUACUUCUAUGGCCAUCCAAAUCCAAGUAUAAAUCCAGAUGUUUAUAAAGCUCUUAUGAAAGAGCUAGCUCAAACAUUGGAGACACAGUUUUCUGGGAAUGCUGAAUCUAGGGCAGCGGGUAUGAUUAUUAACACUAUGGGGUGGGUUGAAGGCCUUGGGUUUGAGCUAAUUAAUAGUGCAAUUGAAACCUUCAAAGCUGAUGUAGUGCUCGUAUUGGGACAGGAGAAACUCUGGAAGAUGUUAAAAGAUGCAGUAGGAAGUAAACCCAACAUCAAUGUUGUAAAACUUCAUAAAUCAGAGGGUGUUGUCCCAAGGAAUUCAAAAUAUCGCCAAAAGGCCAGAAGCUCCCGUAUCAAGGAGUACUUUUAUGGGAUUGCAAAUGAUCUGGCACCACAUUCAAAUAUAGUCAACUUCAGUGACGUUUCUGUUUACAGAAUUGGUAGCGGGCAUCAAGCUCCUCGGUCAGCAUUACCAAUCGGUGCAGAGCCUGUGACAGACCCGACUCGGCUUAUUGCUGUCAAUAUCAGCACAGAUAUGGUCCAUACAGUGCUUGCUGUUUCUUAUGCGAAGGAACCAGAUGAAAUAAUUUCGAGCAACGUUGCUGGGUUCAUCCACGUCACUGAUGUUGACAUCCAAAGGAAGAAGCUGACGUACAUCGCACCUUGCCCUGGGGACCUGCCAAGCAGGCUGUUAAUCGCGAGCUCCUUGACAUGGUACGAGGCUUGAUCUAAUUGGAGGUCAAAUAGUAUUUAAGUUUGGGCAGUUAACUUGACAGCUGUAGAUGCUGCUGGGCAGUUGACUAGCAGGCCGUUGUAACGCUCAAAUGUAUUCGAACUGCUAACUGGAACAGUAAUGGCAAGCGGCUUCUUGAUUUAACCUGAGUUUGUGGUUGACAUGGUCA